AUGUCACAGAAAGUUAGAAUUAAGGAUCCCAAUCUACAAGUCCAAAGUUGGACGCGAUGCAAGCUUCCAGUCGAAAUGCCCUUACCGGCAAGAGUAUCGAAGAAUUAUAUUGAAGACCUUCCAGAAAUCUGGCAUGAAUCAUUAACUGGUCUCAUGUACGCUCCAGGUUUUCUGAGGUCCAGAUGUGCUCGAAACGUUAAGAAUCCGGAAGAAGUGCUUUUUGCUAUCGAAUGGGAGGAUGACGCCUCGUUCAAAGCGUUUUUGAAAUCCCCAGCCUAUCCGCUAUAUUUACAAGGAUUUGGAUUUCGUGACUCACAGAAUCCCGACGCUAUGGUUUCCCUCUUUCCCUCCUUCGAUGUGUGUACGUUUAGCCCUGGGGGGCGGGUAACGGUAUUCAUUCAUAGCUUUAAGUAUCCAGCUACUGAACAAAAUCGUCACGAUGUAAGGGAUGCGCAAGGACUUCUUAUUAGCAGAAGAUUUGGCACGUUAGGGGUUCCAUGUCAGCAUGCGUGGAUUCGACAGCCGCAGAUGGGAGAUGAUGGAAGAUUGGUGGAAAAAGGAGUGGUGGUACAGGCUUGGCCUAAUACAGAGCCACCAGUUAUUUUCGAAGCUGUGGAUCAAGAUGAGAAUGCGAGAGAUAACUUGAGAAAGCAGGUUAGGAGGAUCAAUCCUAUAAAUAUGGAGGAGAUAACAUGGCAUGUAGCAAAAGUUGAAAACGAGGAUGAGGAUCAGGAUGAGGACGAGGAUCAGAAUGAGGAUGAGGAUGGGAAGGAUAAGAAUGUGAAUAUGAUGGAUUAA